ACACCCACAAGAAGACCGGCGGGCGGCGGCGACUUCAGGUCCGGCCGGCUUCCUGGAAGCUGCCGUUAACCCCGCAGCCGCAGCAUAUAUAAAAUAAAAGGUACAGUUGGGUGUAGGACCCUAGGGGCCGCCACAAGCACAAGCACCCACCGAGAGCCAUGUCGCCCACCCCUGCCCCUGCGCCGGGCGCCGUCGCCGGCGAGGAGUUGUCCACGGAGGUGGUGGUGGUCCGGCACGGGGAGACCGCGUGGAACGCCUCCCGCAUCGUCCAGGGGCAAAUGGACCCGGAGCUAAAUGAGGCUGGCAGGCAGCAAGCCGUUGUGGUGGCCCGCCGACUGUCAAGAGAAGCCAAGCCUGCCGCCGUGUACUCUUCUGAUCUGAAGCGAGCCGCCGAGACUGCAGAGAUCAUAGCCAAAGCUUGCGGUGUACCAAAUGUGGUGCUGAAUCAGGCGCUGAGAGAGAGGCACAUGGGGUAUCUCCAAGGCCUCAAGUGGGACGAUGCCGUGGCUAAGAGUCCAGAUUCUUUCAGAGGCUUUGAUAUCUUCAAGCUUACCGAGGGUUCUGAUCCUGACAGCAGAAAUCAAGAACUGCCAGGUGGUGGAGAGAGCAUGAAUCAGCUGAAGGAGCGCUGCGUCUCCUUCUUGAAUAAGAUUGCCCAAGAACACAUUGGGGAGCGAGUGGUGGUGGUCUCCCACGGUGCAUCCAUACUGGAGCUCUGCCGGCACCCUGACCCACCCAACCGCUCCAUCCGUAGGCACAUCCCCAACACUUCGCUGAACGUUUUCCGCAUCUCCGGCGUCACCGGCCAGUGGACCCUCGAGAGGUGUGGAGAUGUCGGCCAUCUCAAAGGAAAUGGAAAUGAAUUUCUCGAGAACUCGUUUGGGGGCGAUGGGGCCUCAGCCUAACAAGUUCACUUUCAACCUUUAAAAAACAAGUUCAGUUUCUGCUGCUCAUGCAGUCAUACAGUUUCAGAACGAAUAAUUGUGGAUUGAAUCAUCUUCGGAAAGUGGUUUUGAUAUUGGAACUUUUUUGUUCCGUUGUCUUUAAAAAAGAACCAAUAAUUUCGGAUU